GUGUUCCCUUUCCAAAGAACUUCCUUCAGAUCUGCAAGAAGAUACUCUGCCGGCUGUUUCGGGUGUUUGUUCACGUCUACAUCCAUCACUUUGAUCGUAUCAUCCUUAUGGGGGCUGAGGCCCACGUCAAUACCUGUUACAAGCAUUUUUAUUACUUUGUGACAGAGCUCAACCUCAUAGACCGCAAAGAACUAGAACCUUUGUGGGUGUUCAUGAAGGUAUUGAGUGUGUUAGAUCCAGAGUGUGCUCUGGAUCUAAGUGAGACAGAUGAG